UCGGGGCCCGGCGCGGCGGUUGCGGCGUUGGCUGCGUUGCAGUGGGGCGCAGCAUGCUGAGCCCGCGGGAGCGUGGCGGGGAGCUGGCCCGCUUCUACACGGUGACGGAGCCGCGGCGGCACCCCCGCGGGCACACCGUCUACAAGGUCACGGCGCGGAUUGUAUCAAGAAAAAAUCCGGAGGAUGUCCAGGAGAUAGUCGUUUGGAAGAGGUACAGUGACUUUAAGAAACUGCACAAAGACCUCUGGCAAAUUCAUAAAAACCUAUGCAGACAUACAGAACUCUUUCCACCUUUUGCCAAAGCCAUAGUAUUUGGGCGGUUUGAUGAAACGGUGAUUGAAGAAAGGAGGCAAUGUGCUGAAGAUCUCUUGCAGUUUUCUGCCAAUAUCCCUGCUCUCUAUAACAGCAAACAACUUGAAGAGUUUUUUAAGGGUGGGGAGGUGCAUGAUGGGUCUGAACUGAUCGGUCCUGUUGAGCCUCUGUCUGACUCUCUGACUGACAACCUGUCUGACUGCAGCUCUGAAGUUCGAAAGGAUUUAAGUGGGCUUGAUGAUGUGACACUUACGAGCCAGUCGGAAUGCGGAGGCUUCUCCAGUGACAGUGACCUGAUCUCUCUGACAGUUGAUGUAGACUCUCUUGCCGAGUUAGAUGAUGGAAUGGCAUCCAACCAAAGUUCUCCCAGUAAAGCUGUUGGUCUUUGCCUUACUUCUGAACCUGCGGUACCAAGCACACUGACACCUGAGCAAGAGUGGAUCAAACCUGAAGGAGAGAGGGAGAGCCAUGGUUUGUUUACUGGAAGCUUAAAACUCAAGACUGGCAAACAAGAUUAUUUGGAGAAGGCAGGCGAGUUGAUAAAGCUGGCCUUAAAGAAGGAAGAGGAAGAAGAUUAUGAGGCUGCCCUCAGCUUUUAUGGAAAGGGGGUUGAUCUGCUUCUGGAAGGUGUUCAAGGUGAAUCGAGUCCAACUCGCCGAGAAGCUGUAAAGAGGAAGACUGAAGAAUAUCUUAUGCGUGCUGAGAAGAUUUCCAGUCUCUACCACAAAUCUUCUGAAGAUGCAUCUGUUUCUGUGCCUCCAGGAUCACUAAGUUCAAGGCCCUCUUGGAACCUAAGGAGCCCUGCCGAGGAACUGAAGGCCUUCAGAGUCCUUGGGGUGAUUGACAAGGUUUUGCUUAUAAUGGACACUCGGACACAGCAGACUUUCAUACUGAAGGGUCUAAGGAAAAGUAGUGAGUACAGCAGGAGCAGAACGACCAUCAUCCCCCGCUGUGUGCCCAACAUGGUGUGUCUGCACAAGUACAUCAUCUCCGAGGAGUCUGUCUUCCUUGUGUUACAGCACGCAGAAGGAGGAAAAUUGUGGUCUUGCCUCAGUAAGUUCUUAAACAGAAGUCCUGAAGAGAGCUUUGAAAUUCCUGAACCCGGGACGUCUGGUUCAACUAAAAUAUACCUGGAGCAGCCAACACCAAUUCCUAAAGAAAUUGGUAGCAGCACUGAUUCCAAAGAAAGCUAUGGGGGGAGCUCGCUAAAGGUGGUCCCACUAAAGAGCAGCCUAACGCCAAGCUCUCAGGAUGACAGCAGCAACCAGGAAGACGGCCAAGAGGGUUCAAAGUGGAUGGACUCAGGAUCCAGCUCAGAAGAAGAAUGCACUACUAGUUAUUUGACGUUAUGCAAUGAGUACGGGCAAGAAAAAAUUGAUUCUGGUUCCCUAAAUGAGGAACCAGUGGUUAAACUGGAGAGUGAAGGUCUGAAUACCAAAGAGAGGAGUUGCUUGCAGAAAUGCAGGGUUGUUGGCAGCGAUAACUUCACGUCACAGAUUGCAUCUCAGGAACAAAGGCUUUUCAUUGACGACGACGAGUCAGGAAUGGCUAGCCCUACUAGGAUAUUGGACUCAUUGACUAAAUCAAAGAGCAGCCCCAUGGAACUCUUCAGGAUAGACAGCAAAGAUAGCACAAGUGAGCUCUUGGGGCUUGAUUUUGGAGAAAAAUUAUACAAUCUGAAAUCAGAACCUUUGAAGCCAUUGUUUUCUGUCUUGGAUCAUGACAGGAGUUUGGAUGCCCUAGAGAACAAAACGGGUGUCAAAGCUCAUGACACCAUCAGCAGAGGUUCAAAUGACUCUGUGCCAGUUAUCUCCUUUAAGGAUGCUGCUUUUGAUGAUGUAAAUAGCACUGAUGAAGGCAGGCCUGAUCUCUUAAUAAACUUACCCGGGGUGUCUGAUGAAACAGAAGAGGCAGCAGCAUUGAGGCCAAACAAGUUUACAAAAACUAGUGGGGACGCUUUGGAAGUAAAGUUGUUAGAAACACCUGAUGUCUUACAGCUAAAUAAUUCUGCAGAGCCUUGUAAAUCGUUUCAUCAAGAGCCAAAUCUUGUGGCGCCAGAGUUGGGUGAUCCUUCCCCCUGGGAAGCGAAUGGACAAAACAGUGUCACUCAGGGAGCUCUUGGGACACUCUUUGUUUCUGACCAAGAGGUAGGUAGUUCAGAAGAUGGGGCUCUGUUUCAAGGCCUUGGAGCCUGCUCCUUAAACACGGAGAGCAAAGAAGAAAGUUUGUUUGUCUCCGACUCGCUCUCAGGUGCUCAAGAUGCUAGCUUGGAUGGAGAUCCGUUAGGAAACGAAGCAGUGUUGCUGUUUUCCGAUCAAACCGAAGACUCUGGGAAAGAGGAAAUGGACUCGGCUUUGUUACCAGCAACUGAAAGUAAAAAGGCAGCACCAAAGAGGGAAGACAACGUAGCAGUAGCAGGGGAGAAGGAAAUACAUCAAAUUUUUCAGGACCUCGACAAAAGAUUAGCCAUAACCUCCAGGUUUUAUAUUCCAGAGAAUUGCAUUCAAAGAUGGGCAGCUGAAAUGGUUGUAGCCCUUGAUGCUUUACAUAGAGAAGGAAUUGUGUGCCGUGAUUUGAACCCAAACAACAUCUUAUUGAAUGAUAGAGGACACAUUCAGCUAACGUAUUUUAGCAGGUGGAGGGAGGUUGAAGAUUCCUGUGACAACGAUGCCAUGGAGAGAAUGUACUGUGCCCCAGAGGUUGGCGCUAUCCUAGAAGAGACAGAAGCCUGUGACUGGUGGAGCCUGGGUGCCAUUCUUUAUGAACUCCUCACUGGGAAGACUCUGGCUGAGUGCCAUCCAUCAGGAAUAAACACUCACACUUCUUUGAGUAUACCAGACCACGUAUCAAAGGAGGCCAGAUCACUGAUUCAGCAGCUUUUGCAGUUUAAUCCUGCCGAGCGUCUUGGUGCUGGUGUCGCCGGUGUCGAAGACAUCAAAUCUCAUCCAUUUUUUGCCCACAUAGAAUGGGCAGAUCUGCUGAGAUGAGAUGUGUGCCCUCUGAACAAACUCAGGUCAAGUGGACAAGUUUCUCUGGCACAGAAGCACCCUGACUUGCUUCU